ACUCUUUAGAAUCAAACAUAUUUGCUUUCGCAAAGGCGCCCCCCCCCCCCCCCCCAAGAAACUUUUUGAUUAGCAAGACCUGUCACAAGAGAUUCAAUAUUGUUAAACGCUGGAAAUAUGACCCCCGCAGUCGCCGGACACAGCGGAGAACUCACCUCUGAUGGGUCUCUGAAUAUAGCAGCUACGCAUCCGUUUACUUGCAAUACAUGCCAGGUUGCUUUCAGAAACAGCGAUGCCCAGAGAACCCAUAUGCGGAGUGAUUGGCAUCGAUAUAAUUUAAAGCGUCGAGUCGCAUCUCUUCCCCCACUGUCUUCUGAGAUAUUUGCUGAGAAAGUCCUUACGGCUCAGGCAGCGAAUUCUGCCGCUGCAGCCAAAGCCUCCUUCGAAAAAACAUGUGCAGCCUGCCAGAAAACAUUCUUCAGUGAAAAUGCCUUCUUGAAUCAUAUGGCCAGCCAGAAACAUAGGUCGAGGGAAGCGCAACUGCGGAAAAGCGGAGCCCUUCAGGAUGAAACUGCUUCCGUGAUGAGUGGCACAUUUUCUCUGGGAGAACCGAUCAAUACAGGGGAGCCCGCCGCUGCUCCCCCUGCCACUUCCAUCCAGGAAUCCGCCGCAGAGGCUGAAUUCUCCAAGAUCGUGGACGCAAUGAAAGAUACCACCAUCGAUAGCGAGGAUCCAUUAUCGAAGCGUCCAUCCAGGCCAACUCAUUCUUCAGUUGCUGGAGCUCGUCAGGCGUCACCAAGUGGCACUGAACCCGAGUAUGAUGAGGACUAUGCGUUAACCCACUGCAUGUUUUGCAACCACAAUUCAGCAAGUGUGAAACAAAAUGUCCUCCACAUGAGGAAGUUCCACGGGAUGUUUGUGCCUGAGCAAGGAUACCUGAUGGAUGGCGAGGGGCUGUUGAAAUAUCUCUUCGACAAAAUCACAAAGAACAACGAGUGUCUAUACUGCCAUAAGAUCAAGUCAAGCGCCGCAGCGAUUCAGACACACAUGCGGGAUAAGGGGCAUUGCAUGAUUGCGUUCAGUACGGAGGACGAGAUGCUCGAAGUGGGGCAAUUUUACGACUUUUCCAGCACCUAUUCUGACGACGAGGAUGGAUCAACGUCCGCAACGGGAUCUCCCACUAGUGAUGCCAAGGAUAUCAACGAUGAGGAGGGGUGGGAAACGGAGAGCUCAGUAUCAUCAUUUGACGACAGGGAUGCGCUGUAUACUGAUUACGAGCUACAUCUUCCAUCUGGACGGACGGCAGGACAUCGCUCUCUGUUCAAAUACUUCCGACAGAAUCUACGGAACUAUCCAACUCCGGAGGAACGUCUUUUACGCCAGCGGACAAUUACGGACGCUGCACAGAAUCCGGACGUACACGACAAUGACGCUAGCGUCAGGAGAAACCAGUCACUUGUUACGAGAGCGGAGGGCGGUCUUGGUAUGAUUGGUGCGAGCGAUAGCCAGAAGCGGUGGGUCAAGGCAGCGGAGGUUAGAGAGACACGGAGUGAACAGAAAGCGAAGAAGCAAUAUGAAUGGGGCCUUCAUAAGAGGGGUAAUUUCCAGAAGCACUUCAGGGAUCAUCUCCUCCAGUAAUCGGUCUGAAUGGAUUGCGUGCGGUUGAUAUUCCUGAUCUUCUCACGUCACAUACUCCUCUUUUUUUUUUUUUUUCUUUUUUCGCGCUGUAGUUGGACACUUUGGCAGCUCGAUGUAAUGUACAGUACAUACUCUGUUAAUCAGGUCCACGAACGAUAGAUAACUGUAACUAAUGAAUUUCGAAUUGAGGCGAGCUGAUCGUUGCUUCAUCUCAAGCCUAUGAUACAGGUAGCAGCUUACAAUUUAAAAACUUUUCAUAUCAGAUACCACAA